CCCUCGGAAAAGGCCGGGCAUGCUAAUGUCAAAUUGACAGCUGCGGAAUUGGAAUCCAGCAACAGCAUUGAGCCAGCAGGAGGAAUGGGUUCGGUUCUGGCUACAAUGUUGCGCAGCUGUAACCUAACGCUUGCUGUGGCUACUUCGAAUAUCAUGAAUAUCAAAGACUGAAGUAACUUUGAAAUUAAAUAAUAUAUGCAGAACAUUUAGCCGUACUUGGAUACUAAAUAGGAAGGAACGCCUGAAAAACGAUCGAAGAAGAGUCAAAGAGCAAGGAGAACGAUGUACGGAGCGUUUUCUUUCCCAAUGACAGCGGAGCGCAGACGGAAUAAGGAGCGCCUUGAGGCGAGUUUGGCCGGUAUAUGUGAGUUGGAGCUACUGAAACAGAGCCAGGAAUGCCUAGUGCUCAGCGCCCUCUCCAUCCGGGACUCUGUCCCAGGACGCCCGGCAUGGGGCAACCUCCAACCGACCCGGCCUUCUCCCGACACAGCCAACUGUGCGCUGGAAGACUUGAGUUAUAGGCGCCAGCCGAACAGUCUACAGUGUAGUCCUUGGGGUCUGAUGGCAUCUCUGGAGCAGCAGGUUGGAGAGCUGAGGGUUAAUACAGCGGAUAACGCAGUGGAGCCCCUGACUGACAUGGUGGACAAUCGGCCCCGCUCAGGAUUCUAUGAGCUGAGUGAGCACCUGUCUCCUAUGGGUCUGUCUGAUUCCUCUGGGUUUGGAGAGCCCUCCCCCAGCACUGCCCGAGCCAUCCGCAUGGUCUACGCCAACGACAGGCCCAAAUCAGCCGGGGAAUUCUUCGGGGCCAAUCGGGACAGACAGCCAGAAUCCGGGACCCGCCCCACAAUCCCCCGCUCGUUCUCAGCCCCCUACCCCACCCUGGAGGGCAUCGCCGAAGGGGCUAGCGAAGGGGAGGGGGAAGACGAGGCCUGGCCCUGGGACACCAGCAAGGGGCCUGGAGGAGUGGUGGAGCUGGGGGGAGAUACUGUGGAGGGGGAGCCCACGGAGGAGGACUACCGCCAGGCCCAGCGUGUGGAGACCUACAUCCUGGGUUUGAUCCAGCGACGUGCCCUGCCCCUCCGGCCCUGCAAGCCCCGCACCAGCCUGGGUCUGCACGAGGCCCGCACCGCCAUCACCGUGGCCCGCCAAAACAGCGUUUGCCGCAAGGAACCCGAUCCUCGGCCAGCCACUGACUCCAUCCCUGACCAUCACUCCCACUCCAAUCCCCACCACGCCACUGCUGCGGUUUCCCCCAGCAGUUACGAGCGUCCCCCUCCAUCCUGGGCCUGCCGCAGCCUGGACCAGGAGCCUUUUGCAGUCAUGGCGCUGGUCCCUGAGGACCCCCCUCACCAUCACCACCAGCACCCCCACCCCCACUACCCCCAAUCCAGGCGGACCCCCUGGCCAACACCUGCUCUGCCUCCCUGGACUACCCCUGCGGUGAAGCUCCAUCCCAGGAACCUAGCAGCAGUGAACCUGACUCACCCCAGCAAUUCCACAAUGGCUACCCGGCCCUGCCCCCAUCGCGCUUGGCUCCCCCGCCAGACGAGCAGUUGGUCAAUGCCCAGUAUAUCCCUGCCCAACCAUUCCGGGCCACCACCACCAGAGCCUCUGCACACUCCCACAAGGGGCCCAAACCCAGCCGGGGCACCUAUUAUCCAGAGAGAGGCUCCCAACAGCAGCCGGCCCCACAGCAGCUGCAGCCGGCCAAGUCUAGAGCCGCUGCCAAGAAGUGUCGCUUCAGUGAAGAGAGGGAAAGGGAGAAGGAGAGAGAGAAAGAAAGAGACAGGGAGAGAGAGAGGGACAGGGACAGGGAGCGAGAGAUGGAGCGGCCGGGAGGCUCCAAGAAGCCAGGAAGACGGGCCUGCAGGUCCCAGUCAGAGAACAGUCUCAAUGGGCAGAGGGGGGUCCCUGAACGCAAGUACAACACGGUGGAGAGAGACGGGGGAGGGUCAGGGAGCAGCCGCGGGAGCCAGUCCAAGGGGAAGAGGCCCCAGCCGGGCAGCGCCGGCUACCGCCGCUGGCGCUCCACCCUGGAUCUCAGCCAGGACGAAGCCGAGCAGCCUCCACAGCCAACCCCAAUGCCCCCAGCCGACCAUGGCUCCAGGCGCAUCCGCAAACCCAGGCCCCCACCUUACACCUAUGUCAACCCCCUGCCCCAUCAUCAUCCCCACCACCCCCAUCUGGAGUACCUGGACCGGGAUCGUACAUACCUGUGUCGGCCCGAGGAGGGCUACACGCACCCGGGGCAGGGUGAGUCUGAGUCGAGUCUGAGUGAAGCCGACACGCCAGCUUCCAGCUCGCUGUCCAGCGAUUCAGACGAGAGCGGCGGUCUGGUGUGGCCCCAGCAGCUGCCCCCUCAGCUCUCCUCCCCCACGCUGCCCUCCGCCCCGGCUGGGGCCCCCCUGCAGC